AUGGCCUCCAGGGCUACUAAGGACCAUUUAGAUACCUCCAACCCUGCCGCUUUCGCCCUUUUUUUGCGGUCGCGAGUCCAAAGUCUGAACCCUGCUCCUGCUUCGUUCUAUGAAUGGUUGGAAUUUACCGUCAUCGACGAUCACACCAUUGUUCCAGUCGGGCUUGUCGAUCUUUCCUUCCCUGUUGUCGCUGUAUGGACCAAAUUUUGA